AUGAGAAUGGAGAGAACGGAGUUCACUACAGCCGAGAAAAAGUCUGUAGUUCUACGACUCAGAUUCAAUGACGAUGAUGAUGAUGAUGAUGAUGAUGAUGAUGAUGAUGAUGAUGAUGAUGAUGAUGAUGAUGAUGAUGAUGAUGAUGAUGAUGAUGAUGAUGAUGAUGAUGAUGAUGAUGAUGAUGAUGAUGAUGAUGAUGAUGAUGAUGAUGAAUUAGCUAACAUGAUCGAUUCUAGACUGGAUGAUGUACUGAACACGACGAAUUCAGCCGCCACAUACUAGUUUCGCUUGGUCAGACAAAUUGAUCAUUCAAACAAAUAAAAGUGGACCAACUUUCAUACCAUCUCACUUCCAAUCGCAUGAACUACUUUACACGUUCAUACCAAACUCCAUACUUUGAAAGAACUGAAGGAGUGCUCCUGUUCACAUCUCGUAGCACACUCCACAGAAAUUCAGAUUGAAA